AUGAAUUUAGAAGAUAAAUAUAAAUUAAUUAAAGAAAAAUACAAAGAAAUAAAAGAACAGAAUGAUAUUCUAAAAAAAGCAAUAGUGGAAUAUAAAAAAGAUAUUACACAAUUGGAAAAAAAUAAUAACGAACAAAAUAAUAAAAUAAAUAUAUUAUUAAAUGAAAAUAGUUGUUUAUUAAAUAACAAUGAUCAACAAUCAAAUAAAAUAACUCAAUUAAUGAACUUGUUAGAAGAACAAAAAAAAAAUAAUUCUGGGUGGAGAAAUUUAAUGUUAUUAACAAAAAGUUCUAAAGAAAAUAUCCAUGAAUCUGUAGCCUUUGAAGAACUCGAAAUAAAAAUAAAAGAAAAUGAAACUCUUCAUAAAAAAAUUGAUGAUCUAAAACAUGAACAUCAAGAAUUAGAAAUUAAACUUGAAAUGAAUAAGAAAAAUUAUGAUGAAAAAUUAAAAGAAGGAGAAAAAAGUAUUAAAAUUUUAACUGAUAAAAUUAACAAUUUUAAUCAAAAUAUUAUUGAUAUUCAAAAUGAGAAAUCUGAAAUAAAAAAACAAAUGGACAUAAAUAAAAAAAAAUAUGAGGAAACUAUAGAAAAAAAAAAAAAAUAUAUUCAUGAAUUAGAAGAUAUAAGUAAAAAGUUAAAAUAUAAAUGUUAUUCUAAAUAUAAAAUCAAUUUUAAUCAAAUUCCGUUUUUUGAAAAAUGUGAUUAUUACGAUUACUAUAUUCAAAAUAAAAUAAAUGAAAAUAUAAAACAUUUUCAAAAUUUUAUUUUAAAUGUAAUGGAAAAAUGUAGUGAAUAUUUAGUUUUAUGUAAGGAACUUUUUAUAUUUGAAGAUGAUAAGUUAAAUAAUAUAAAUGAAAAUUUAGAGAAAGAAGAAAAAAGAAACAAAAUAGAUUAUUCAAAAUUAAUAAACUUAAAAAAAAUUUCUCAAAAUGAAGUUAUUUAUCUUGAAGAAAUAAUUAAUUUAUUUAUAAAUUUUAAAAAUAUAUGGAUUAAAAAUAAAAAUAGAGAAGGAACUAAGGAUAUAUUAUUUAUUUUAGUUGAUAAAAUAAAAAAAUUUUUUAUAAAUGUAAAUAUAUAUUUAUGUGUUGAGGAUUAUUUCUUUCCAACAAAUCUCACUAGUAAAAAAUUUAUUCUGAAAAAUGUAAUUCACGAAUUAAGAAUUUUGAAAAAUCUAAUUUUGAAAACAAUAAAUAUAUUUUCCUUUGUGAUAUGCAUUACACCUUAUAAUAACAAAAAUAUAAUUUUGGAAUAUUUUAAAAAAAUAAAUAUUAAAAAAUUGAUAGACAAAAAAAAUCUAGACAAACAUAUAUAUUCUAAUGAAGCAAAUUAUGAUAAAAUAAAUAAAAGUUAUUUGAGUGAAGAAGAAAACAUUAAUUGCACAUUUAAAAUAAAUAAUACAAAUUUUAUGAAAUUAGUUUAUGAAAAAGAAAAGAAUUCUCUUUCUAAGUUUAAAGACCUAAAAGAUUAUGUUGAUAAAAAUAAUAAAAUUAUUUUAUUUUUAAUAAAUAAAUUUAAAAUAAUUUUAGAAGAUACAUCAUAUUCGUUUGGAUUUUUAAAAUCAUAUAUAUCUUUUCGUAUAUGUGAAAAUAAAGGGUUUUUUUCUACAUUAAAUAUGAAUAAAUUAAAAGCAAUUACUAGUUUAUUAGAUUUAACAAAUUCUUUCAUAAAUUCUAUAGAAAAUUUUGAUAUCGGAAAUUUAAAGUUACUUUUAGUUUCACUGUUGUCUUACUAUAGAUUUAACAACUCUAUUUUGUAUGAAGAAGAGAGGAAUUAUUUAGAAAAAAUUAAUAAUGCAUUUAAUAAAAAAAAGAUAAUUUCUUAUGAUUCAUUAGAAAAUAGUUUAAAAGAUCUCGAAUAUUACAAAAAAAAUAACAUUGAAUUAAGCAGAAAUAUUUUGAAAAAAACUAAAAUAAUUAAGAAAUUAAAAAGGAUAAAUGAACAAUCUUUGAAUGAAUAUAAAAACACAUUAAUGAUUAAUAAAGAGUUAACAGUAAACAAUACACUUUUAAUUAAUUCUUUAUCAAAUAAACAUGAAAUGAAUAAUAAAGAAAAUUUAACUAAUGAUAUUGAAACAUACGCAGAAAAAAUCUUAAAAUAUAUAACAAUUAAUAAAUAUGAAAAGAAAAAUUUAAAUAUUAAAGAAAAACAAUUAUUAGAAGCAUAUAUUUGUUCUUGCAUAAAAAUAAAUCAUUUAAAAAUUGAAAUAAAAAAAAAUAAUGAGUUUUUAGAGAAAUUCAAAAAUGAUUUUGAUAUAAAAGAAAAUGAAAUAAAAAAAUUAAAACUUCAAAUAGAAACAUAUAAAGAAGAAGAAGCAAAUAUACAUAAAAAAUAUGAAGAACAAAUGAAUACUUUGCAUGAUUUAAUCGUAACUUUAGAAAAACAAGUAUCAAAAUUAAAUUCCGAAAAGAGUGUAAAUAAAUUCCUUAUUUUAUGUACUAUAUGUGGAAGUAAAAAUAAUAUAGGAAACAUUUUGAAAAAUAGAAAAUGUCUUAAAUGUAAUUCAAUAAUCAUUUUUUUUAAAUGA